UUCCUUUUCCUUCUCAACCUCCCCUGCCAAGGUUCAAGUUUCUCUAGAAGUUAGAGAUCAAUUCACCCAUGUCUUCUGGUGGUGGUAGUGGUGGCGGUGGCAACUACGGCAACUACGGCAACUACCCUAUGAACAGUAACGGCAGUGGAAGCUGGACGGGAGUCGUUCUCACCCUCAUCCUCUCUUUACUUAUAGCAAUCACAUUAGUCAUCGUCCUCUACCUCAUUGCAUGGUGUCUAAUAAGGCGGAGCACUACAAGGCGUCGUUUCAGGAUUAAUCGGCUAAUCCAUGAGGCCACAAUCAUGAGAACACACCCACAAGAACCACCCAAUUCCGGCCUUGAUCCAUCGGUAAUUGAUUCGCUACCAGUUUUCGCCUACAAAGAGCUUAUAAAUAACCAACAUGAUCAUGACAAGAAUGGGUCAAGAGAGUGUGCAGUUUGUUUAAGUAUAUUUCAAGAUGAAGAGAUGAUUCGGUUUCUACCAAAUUGUAAGCAUUUCUUUCAUGUAGACUGUAUCAAUAUAUGGUUGAGAUCAAAUACCACAUGCCCCAUUUGUCGGUGUAGCACCACCUCCCAAUCUCUGGCUCCGCCGGCGGAGCCGCCGCCCCAUGAUCAUAACAUGGGUUCUGAGGUAGUGCUACCAUCUCCACCUUUGGCUUCUCCAGUAGUAAUAUCAGAUUCAUAGGAUCACAGGGGAGUACUCCUUAAUUUUCAGCAAUUCAAGAGGGUUCAAAGUUGA